AUGUCUUCUCGUUGUGGUCACAUUGGGAAAUUAAAAACUGUCCUCUCGUUGUGGUUUCAUUGGGAAAUCAAAAACUGUCUUCUCGUUGUGGUCUCAUUAGGAAAUCAAAAACUGUCUUCUCGUGGUCUCAUUGGGAAAUCAAAAACUGUCUUCUCGUUGUGGUCCCAUUGGGAGAUCAAAAACUGUCUUCUCGUUGUCGUCACAUUUGGAGAUCAAAAACUGUCUUCUCCUCGUGACCUUACAGGCAGUACUACUCUCUCUACUCUCUUGUUUCUCACUUCUUUCCCUACCUAUCUUGUUUCUUCCUGUUUCUUCUGCUCUUUCUUUUUUCCCCUUUUUUUUUCUUUGACUUUAUCUGGCUUGUGUAUCUAUCUAUCUAUCUAUCUAUCUAUCUAUCUAUCUAUAUAUAUGUUUGGAUUGAUGUAUAAAUUAAUACGUAUCUUCAUUUAUCUUUCUUUCUUUCUUUUUCUUUCUUUCUUUUUUCUUUCUUUCUUUCUUUCUUUCUUUCUUUCUUUCUUUCUUCUCUCUUUGUCUAUCUUACUUUCUAUUUUUCUCUUUUUAUUUGCAACAGUUUUUCUUCUUUUUUCUUUUGCUUCCCUAUUUCUCUUUCUUUUGUUUGUACGUUUCCUUUUUUUUCUCUAUUUUCUUUUCUUUCUUCCUUCCUUGAUUUUUCUUUUUUCGCAUUUCUUUCUUUAUUUUCUUUCUUUCUUUCUUUCUUUCUUUCUUUCUUUCUUUCUUUCUUUCUUUCUUUCUUUCAAGCCAUUUUUAUGCUCCCUCCUGUUCAUUAAAUUCGUUUCUUUCUUUCUUUCUUUCUUUCUUUUCUUUUCUUUCUUUCUUUCUUUCUUUCUUUCUUUCUUUCAAGCGUAUUUAUGCUCCUCCUGUUCAUUAAAUUCGUUUCUUUUUUUCUUUCUUUCUUUCUUUCUUUCUUUCUUUCUUUCUUUCUUUCUUUCUUUCUUUCAAGCGUUUUUAUGCUUCCUCCUGUUCAUUAAAUUCGUUUCUUUCUUUCUUUCUUUCUUUCUUUCUUUCUUUCUUUCUUUCUUUCUUUCUUUCUUUCUUUCAAGCGUUUUUAUGCUCUCUCCUUUACCUUUCUUUUUCAAUUUUUUCUUUUUAUCACGUUCAUUUUCUUUCUUUCUUUUAUUCAUUCUUUCUUGUUUUUUUUUUCUCGUUUUCGUCUUUCUUUCUUUCUUUCUUUCUUUCUUUCUUUCUUUCUUUCUUUCUUUCUUUUCCUCUCUUUCUAUUUUUUCCAUUUUCUGUCUUUCAUUUUUUCUUUCCAUUUUCUUUCUCUCUUUCUUGUUUUGUGUAUGUAAUAAGACUUCGUCCAGUUAUCUUUCUUUUCAAUCUUUUCUUUUUAUUCUCGUUCAUUUUCUUUCUUUCGUUUAUUCUUUCUUUCUUUCUUUUGGUCGCUUUCAAUUUGAUCUAUUUUCUGUUUGUUUUUCUUUUUAA